AUGCAUAGACUUUUUGCUGAGCUGGAGCCAUCUGUAACCGUCACCGAGCAAAACCUGGCAGACCGAGUUCGGUAUAUCUUGCGCUCAAAUACAUUUGAUGUCACCGAACUCGAACGGCUACGACGUGAGGCUGUUCCUUCAUCGGGUGAAAAUGCUGCGGCUGAGGAUGCGGCGCCACAACUUGCUGAGCAAACGGCAAAUGUGGAUGCCGCCGUGAAUACGCCAGUUGUGGUUGAUUCAAACGAUGAUGAAACAGUCGCCCAGGAACUGGAACUAGAGCAAAUGAGGAGUACAUUGGAAGAGGAGAGAAUUAUAAUUAUUGGGUUAUUAAUAGAGUAA